AUGCCUAGGCUCCUUAAGGAAUUGUUCAGAACUUCAGUGAACUCAAUCGGUUCAUUAGUAUCAUCAUCUUCAGAUUCAAAAGAUGAAUUUGGUUACACGCUAUUUUCCAAUGAUGACUCUAGCUUAGACUCUGUUGUAUUAGAGACUAAUAAAUUCAUUAGUAAGUUGGCCCAGACCAAUGGUAGUCUCUAUUCACUCAUAAAUCCAAAUGACUUAGAAACCGUCUAUGCUGAUGACGAUUCGAUAUCCAGAAGUUCAUCAUUUUAUUACAGAAAUUCAGGCUUGUACAAGCAUUUACUUGAUGACAUAGAAAUAGCGAGUGAUCUCAGCGGAUUUACACCACCCGGAUUGGAACUGGCUAACUCAGAUAUAAGUCUAAGUUCAACUACUUAUAGAGGUAUUUAUAUCGAUCGAAUUAAUGAAUACUGGAAAGAGGUUACAGAUAAUAUAUCAAUAAAUAGUGAAUCCAGUCUACACAGAUAUGAUCCUCCACCUCCACCACUAACAACAUUAUCUCCUCCACUAUCACCUCCACCUCCACCAUCAUGUUCACGUUCAUCGUCAUGUCCUUCUUCAUCUUCUCAUUUUCCUCCACCACUAUCCUUAGACCAGUCUUCUCAAGAAGUACACAUCCAAUCAUCCACUUCAACAGAUUACAAGAAGUAUUUCCCGAACAUGUACGAAUUGAUUACUGACAGCCGGUACCGUUGUUGA